AUAAGUCUAGUCAUCGAGAUCCUGAUCAGGAGAAAAGGGUUGAGAAUAGCUUGGCAAUAUAAGAAGUAUAUUUGGGAAAAUCAGCAGAGUUUUGAUAGUCAAGGUGGCAAGUUUGUCCUUAUUUUAUUUAGUAUGAGAUGUGCCUCAUUCGCUCAUAACUGGUUUAGAUUUCAAGAGUGGUUUGUUAUGUUGUCGUUGUCCAAAUAGAAAACAUGAGUUCUGCAAUGAAUUUGACUUUCGGAAGCCCUUGGAGAGGCAAUUUCUAAGCGGGAUGCGUAUUGAUUGCGUUAGCAUUCAAGAGUCUCCAAAUCUUGUUGCCCUUCAUGAGCACAUUUUUAUCUCAAUUUCCAAGGGCUCUGAACGACUUCUCAUUUCCUUGCUGUCGGUCAAAGUAAUUCCAGACAAGGACAAGGAAUUGGAAAAGCUCCUUACUGGUAACAUGGUUGGCCUUCUCAAUGUGCACAAAGUUGCACGUAUUAAUACACAGGUUCCUGUGAUUCUUGAGUCAACAACCUUCUCAAUAAAUUUGAAAAAGCGGAGGUUUAUGGUUUUAGAAUGUCUAAACCAAGUCCCUAUCGAUGGUUCAAGUGGAAGUUCAUAUGGCACUUCUAGUAGUUGUUCUGUGUCCUCUAAAACUGGGACGCUUGAUUUUUAGUUCUCAACUUAUGACAUUCAUUUUAGAAAUGUAAUUGAUAAGAAAUUAGAUUGUUAAAGUCAAAUCUAGGAAUCAUCCAU